AUGACAGUGUCCAGCCACUUUUCUGGUGUGGGCACAGUGGAAGUGGCCGUCGGCGUCGUCCAUGCUAACCUGCCGCAAUUUGUGGCAGGGUCAGCCUCGUGGACAACGGCUUUUGUCGUGGACAAGGCCCGUUCCUGCGUCGAUAUCUUGAAGGCCAGGCUGCAGAAUACACAUGCCUGCAUCUUCAACGACGUCACGCACUGCAUCUCUGACGUGCGAGAGGUCCGUGCGGGAAACCUGAUCGUUGAGGAUGUCUGGAAGUCCCUUGCGGGCCAGCGCCUGUGUCUACAGCAAUGCCUCAAACAUGGACAUCUCUGCAAUGCUUGGGGUGCGAAUGCAGACAUAUCGGGGUCACCCUGCCAGCCCUUCAGCAGAGCUGGCCGACGUCUGCGUCGGAAUGACCCUCGGGUGCUUGCGGUUCUGGUCUGGGCACACAAGAUGCGUGACGGAACCGCAUCUCAGAGCUUUAUUCUGAUUCUGUCUGUCAGCCAGCAUCCAGUCCAAUGGGCCUUGCAUGAAAACGUCCAAGACUUCGAUGUCGGCUUGCUGGAGGCCCGUAGUGCUACAGUUCGCUUGUUCAAACAAUGGUUUAUAAUGUGUUGGAUCAAUCAAUGGGUGAGUGCAGGAUCUCCACCCUUGCGAUUGUGCACGGAGCUGUUAUCUGACCUUUACAGCAUCCACUCACUACGUGUCAGCCCGUCGGACGUCGGCUUCACGAUGAUAGCGCGGCCUCGUCUCUACGUCCUCCUGCUUCGGAAGGAGCAGGUUCACCUGGCUGUGGACCUCCAAGAAACGUAUGACCGGGUGAAGGCUUACUUCAAUGCCAGAGUCGACAGGCCGAACGCUGCGGCCGCGUUGAUCGCCUCUGCGGAGGAGUGUCUGGCAGCCGAGAAUGAUCUGCGUCGGCGAAGAGGCUUCGAACCAGCUUCGAUGUCGGCGUGUGACUGGACGUAUCUGUUCCCUACCUGGAACCAGUCUCUCCAUUUCUCGUUGCUAGUUACAGUUAUCGCUGAAAGAUAA